UUGUGCAUAUGCCACCAUGGAUUCUUUGGCAAAUUACGCCAGUGACGGCGACAACAGUAACAACUCGGACGAUGCGAAGACACCUCUUCAAGAGCAUGAAGAGACCAGCAGGAGGGCCAGUGAUGCCAACUACGACCCAGUGCAAAUGGAUAUGAGUGAGGUAUGGCAAAAGCAUACAUCAUGAUCCUUACUUAGCAUUAAGUACGAAACAUUCGGACAAAGCCUAAGAAGAUACCGCUGUGACUUUAUGGGUGCUGUAUGUACAUGCAAAGUCUUAGGCCUGAUACAUAAAGGGACUAGUAUCUGGUUUUGCAAGGUCAUGUCAGUAAAUAAUCAUCAAUUGAAGUAAUAAACAAAUGCAGUCUGCAAGAGGCAGAGGCACUAUGCUUAUAGUAUUGACAAUAUCUCUGAUCCGAUUAUCACAUGGCACACCGUUGAGUUUAUCGGCGAAUUGGAAGCUGGGUAAAAUUGGCCUCCAGUAUAUUUGCAGUUAAGACAAUGAAUAAGACAAGACCUUGAAACCUUACCGAACGCGGGAUAUAAUCAGGCUAUCUCAUUGACAUAAUUAAAAUUUAAAUAAUAAGUAAAUGGGAAUAGUGCCAUUUCGUGAGACAAUAUUAACACGUAGCUCUGUUGGUAAUACAUGAUACAAUAUCUACGCAUCUCGGCAAGGUCUAUGCUGUGUGAGGGUCUUUCAAGACUACCCCCAAGUCCUAUUCAGAAGAUAGAGGAGAGCAAUAACAACAAUUCCUCCAGGGAAUCCAGUAGCGAACGCGUGAACAGUCCCUCAGUAACGCAGUCUACCUUCACUUCAAGAACAGAGUCGUCUCGGUCCUUAUCAUCUCCGUCAGACCAGAGGCGAACCGAUCAUGAGAACCAUACGAGCUCGAAAGACGACCAUAAGCGAAGUGACCGAAGCGAACGUAGUAGUAGUAGUCGUCAUGUAUCCGACAAAGGAGGUCGCCGCUCAUCGUACGAUGACCGGAAACAACGUGAUAGCAGUCAUAGAGAUAGCAGGGAUUCGAAAAGAAGUCGAGACGACGAUAGGAAAUCACGAGACGAUGACAAGCGAAAGUCAGUCGGAUCGUCUAAGGAUGAGAAGAGCGACGAUAGAGAGAGAAGCGACAAGGAUCAUCAUUACAGGGACGACAGGAGGGAUCGCAAUCGCGAGAGGGACCGACGCAGGGAUCGUGACAGAGAGCGAGAUCGACGGCAUUCCAGAGACGACCGGUCGAAGGAUCGACACCGAGACGAGCGUUCGAGUUAUCACAAGGAGAAGGAUCGUGCGCGGUCGAGGUCACGAUCGAGGGAUCGCGCGCCACCGCCAUUCAGGACGAUGAGUUACCGGGAGGAGAAAGGACGGAAUAAGUUGGCGCAAUUAGAGAAAUUGGGAAUAGAAUUAAAGCCACCCGAGGGUGAUUGUACAACGCUCGGUCUGCAGACCGAGCAGAACUAUUACAAUCCGCUGGCGACGGCAACACAGGGCAAGUACGCGGAGCAGAUCCAGAAGAGGAAGCUGUUAUGGGCAAAUAAGUCAAAACAAGAUGAUGGUAAUAGUACGUCAGCCACUGCUUCCACUGCCAAUACGUGGAUGGGUACAACUUUCACGCAUGAUCAAGAUGGAAAGGUAACUGCGAAGUUUAAGCGUUUGAUGGGUAUAAAAGGCGAUAUGCCCAGUGUGCCGACGGUAGGAACCAAACCGGAUAUUCUAAAAAAACAGGAGGAGAUGUUCAAUAAUAUGGAACAACAAUAUGAAGUGGCUCGUGCUACAACUCAUACUCAACGUGGUGUUGGGUUAGGUUACGCUACUGGUGGUUAUCAAUUUCCACGGUAAAGCGCGUAGAAAUCUCCACUCCUCCGCACUACUCAUUUAAUACCGAUAUGUUGAGUGUAAGAAAUGUAGUUACGUUCAACAUAGGCGAUCUGGUAGACUCGAUUAUUUCAACUGAUAAUGAUUUAUUUCUAAGCCAUUCAAGUCAUCCUACAAGGCGAUAGUGAAAUAUAGUUAAUUUAGUUUUCAAAGUUCACGAUAAAAUUUGUGUUUUUGUUGUAAGCACUAAAAAUAAAUUUAUUAAGAUUAUCUAGAAAGCUCGAA